AUGAAUCUUACUCACUAUCUAAUAUCACUAGACCUUAUUGUCACAAUCGCUACCACUGCUGUAAGGGCUUGCGAUUUAUCUAAUGCCAUAGAGAAGAUAAUCAAGGGAUCCACUGGUGAAAAUUUCGUUCGGGAAAUGCAGACAUACGGGUUAAAUGCCGAUAAACUCACUGAAAUAGUUGAAUACUGUAAUAAUGGAUCAAAUGAUGAAUUAUCGUGCAUCACUAUAAAUAUCUACAAGACAUUAUUACUGAACAAACACAACUUUGAGUUGUGCUUAUCAUCGUACAUAAUUUACAGCGGAAUAUCAUGUUUGGAUAGUUGUUUCAAGAAUUAUCAUAUUGGUUGUAUGGAAUGUCUGGGAGAGCACAUCCCCUUCAUCUUUGAUUGCUUGGCCGAUGGGCACAUAGACUACCGCCCAGAUUAUGAAUAG